CCAGCUCAUAUCUUUUUGUCCAAGUUUCUCGCCAAUACCAGCAUCACCACGCUUCAACUCUGAAUCAUGUCGACGGAUAAGAUCACGGUUUUGACCAACUGGCACGCUACGCCGUAUCAUGCCCCACUGUACCUUGCACAGAGUAAAGGUUACUUCAAGGAUGAAGGGGUCAAAGUUGCCAUCUUAGAGCCAAACGACCCGAGUGACGUCACUGAGAUAAUUGGAUCGGGCAAAGUCGAUCUCGGAUUCAAAGCGAUGAUUCACACGCUCGCCGCCGCCGCUCGAGGUUUUCCCGUCACUUCAAUUGGUUCGCUUCUCAACGAACCCUUCACUGGCGUUGUGUACCUCACCUCUUCUGGCAUCACGACCGACUUCACCACGCUGAAGGGCAAGAAGAUUGGAUACGUCGGGGAGUUUGGCAAGAUCCAGCUUGAUGAACUCACUGCGCACUAUGGCAUGUCGCCUGACGACUAUCAGGCCGUCCGUGUCGGCAUGAACGUCACUCGCUCCAUCAUCACUGGCGAGAUCGACGCCGGCAUUGGUCUCGAGAAUGUUCAGAUGGUCGAACUCGAAGAAUGGCUCGUUAGUCAGAACCGCUCCCGCAACGAGGUCAAGAUGCUUCGCAUCGAUGAGCUCGCUCAGUUGGGUUGCUGCUGCUUCUGCAGCAUCUUGUACAUCGGUAACGACGCCUUUGUCAAGGCCAAUCCGGAGAAAGUGCGCGCUUUCUUGCGCGCUUGUAAGCGGGCUACGGACUUUGUACUCGCAUCUCCUGAUAAGGCUUGGGAGGAGUUCAUCACCGUUAAAUCUGUCCUGAAUACGCCAACGAACCGGAAGAUCUUCGAGCGUAGCUUCGCAUACUUCAGUCCAGAUUUGCAGAAUGUGCAGCGCGACUGGGAGAAGGUUACACGCUACGGAAAGAGACUUGGUGUCUUAAACGAGGGCUUUACACCCAAUUACACGAACGAGUAUCUUGAGUGGGGCCUCGAGCGAGAGGCUGACGACCCGACUGGCGAUCAGAAGAAAAUGGUGGCUCUACAGCAGGAUGUCAAGGAUCACGGUGGCUUCAAGCGCCUUGAAAGUAUUGCUGGAAAGGCUGUAGUUGGAGCAGCUGCUUCUAGGCCAUACUAGAGACUCGGGAAGGGCGCAAUAUUUUUCGAUGCACGGUUAAAUAGCUUUGGUUGGAGAUUCAUUCGUUUGCUCCAUCAGAGUCGAAAUGUCCUAAAAGGAAACCAAUACAGCCAUUCUGUAACUGG